AUGGCAUUACAGGAUCUGUGCGGUUUCAAGGACUCUUUUCUCGACUCUAGAUGGAAUUUUCCAGCUUUACAUCGCAUUGCCCAGGAAGACACCUCCAUGCUUUUUGGGAAGAGAACCAGAGAUAAAUCAAGUAGUGGAUUGUCGUGGAGCAAAAGUGAGAGCCCACUGCAUCUUUAUAUACCAGCUGCGGAAUACCUCAGUGAAAGCCCGAUACAGUUUGGCCAAAUCAACCCCAACACUGCACCAAACCAUAUCACCACCCUUCACCAGGAUUCAAUCCUACCUUCCCUCUCUUUUCCUCCUGGCUUUCCUCCCUCCUCCUCUCCCUCUGUCCCUCUGCCUUUCCCCAUGUCUCAUGGCACCACCACCCUGGCCUUCAUGUUCCAGGGGGGAGUGAUAGCUGCAGCAGACACACGGUCCAGCUGCAACGGGCUGGUGGCCUGCCCAGCCUCCCAGAAGAUCCUGCCUGUCCACUCCCACUUGGUGGGCACCACCUCAGGCACGUCCGCCGACUGUGCCCUAUGGAAGAGGAUACUGGCUCGGGAGCUCCGGCUUUACCAGCUCCGCCAUGGCAGAAGGCUGUCCACAGCUGGCGCUGCCAAGCUACUAGCCCACAUGCUACACCCGUUUAAGGGCACUGAGCUCUGUGUGGCAGCCACUCUGUGUGGUUGGGAUGGAGGUGAGGUGGAGACAUGUCCUCUUGAGCAUGGCAGCAAAGGGGCGGAUCAGCAAGAGAACAGAUCAAUGAUGGGGAGUGAAACAGAUGAUCUGGCAAAGACAGCAGAAAGUGACUCAAUCUCUCAAGCAGAGGCACGGGGAAAGAAUCAGUGCCUCUCACCAGCCAUGAGUGGGCAGCACUGUACUGCUGGAGGUAAACAGCUGGUGCUCUCUGGCCCCAGCCUGUACUACGUCUGCAGUGACGGGACUCGCCUGCAGGGAGCGCUGUUCUCUGUGGGCUCUGGCUCGCCCUAUGCCUACUCUGUGCUGGACGGAGGGGUACGAUGGGGGCUGACGGUGGAGGAGGCCAUCUCACUGGCCAGAGAGGCUGUGUACAGGGCCACACACAGAGAUGCAUACUCUGGGAACUGUGUGGAUGUGUACCAUAUCACCUCACAUGGGUGGACUCGCAGGGACAGAGAGGAACUAAGAGAGGAGUAUUACAGAGAGAAGGAGAGAGAAAGAGUGAAGGUGAAGGAAAGGAGGGAGAAACAGGAAGGGGUGGAAGAUGGACAGAGCAGUGGUGGAAAGAAGUUAAACUAAAGAAGGCAAAGGAGAGGAGGAAAGAAAGGCUUAGAAGAAGAAAGAAAAUAAGACAUUUGUAUGGGACCCAUAACUGUACCCUUCAGGGUUUUACUGAGAUUGUUUGACCUAUUCAUAUUGAUCCUUUUUGUAAACAUCAGAGGUCGUGUUAAUUUGCGUUCAAAACCAGUGGACUAGAUUGAAAACCUGACAAUCCACAUUAUUCACAUUAUAAAAGCUAGGAAAUCAUAUUUUAUUCUUGAUAGAAGUGUAGUGCUUGAUUUAGAAUUUAGUCCUGAACCACAAUGAUGUUGAAUUAAACAAAUAUUUAUUUCUGAGAAUUCAUCAGAUAAAUAAUUUCUGGGAAUUGCUAAGAUGUCUCUGGAGGCUUUAAUGCAAGAUGUCAUUGGACUGCAGGAAGGUGGGUCACAACCUGGUCCUCAGCCUGCGUCUGCCUUGUUCCCUGUGAAUGAGACAAACACGGGGAGUCUGCGGUAAGGCUCAUAGAGAUUGUGAAGGAAGCUCCUCCUCUCCUCUGGGGUCGGCCCAGGCUGCAGGGCUGGAUGAGGAUGUGCGGGCCUUGUCCAUAUCGCUCCACAUGCUGGAGGCUCUGCGCCUCUCAGGGGGUAAAAGGGGCACGAUCUGCCAGGGGAAGUAAGGCCAAGAGGUCACUGCUGGGUACGCCUGCAUCUUAUCAAAGGACAUCCAUGGUUCCUUGGGGUAGUAUGGUUGAGACUUCCAAGACUUAACAGAGUCAGCAGCAGACAGGUAAUCUCUGAAAUCUCUAAAAAAGGAGGACAUUGACACCCUCAAGUUCGCCAGUCCAGGAAGGUUGUGUGUCGAUCCAUAACCAGCAGAUCUCUUGUCCAUAGCAGGUAUUGUCCUGAUAUUUUGUCUUUGACAAAGUCUGGGUUUGCUUUGACAGUUCUCCAUCUUUUACUGUAAAUGUGGGUGGACUCCACCUUGUCUGUAUAGCCAUAAGAAACACCUUUCCUCUUAAUUUUGAAAAUUGGAAAUUAAGCUCUUGGAAAGUUUCUUGUCUUUAGAAAAUAAAAUUAGAACUUAGAAGCAUAAUUGCCAUAGAAACAGAACACAAUACAGCUUUUAUUACAUUAUAAGAACAGUGAUGUCAUUCAUUGUUUAGGUAUGUUGAGGGGAGGAGGGGAGAAUGGGGAGGCGCGCUAGGUUAAUAAUAAUAAUAAUAAUAUGAAUGUAUUACAUUUCUACAGCCCUUUUCAUAGAAUCUCAAAGUGCUUCAAGAGCAAAAAAACAAACAAGCAAUAUAUCAUGACAGGUCAACCAAGGUUGAAGAUGACAAUCUUAUAUUUUCGACCUAGAAGGUGGGGCCGUAAAAUUUCAUACUGUGUGUUCAGAGAUCUCCAGCACAGUAAAACUCCAUGUAAUUUCUCUAAACAAAUAAGAAAUAUGUAUCAUGUAGCCUAAUAUUGCAUUUUCAUAAUUGUGAACCAUCAUAUUUUCAUAAAGAUUUUUCUUUAUCAUGUGUAAACAAACUUCUACCAAAUAAUAACCCAUAAUGAACUUCUAUAAUAUCGAAAUACCCUCUUCCUCUCUGCCUAUAGACAGGUUGGUUGUUCAGAUACAAAACCGUCGCGUGCACAACUAUGGGGAAAAACAGAGGGGGUUGGCUUAGAUUGUUGACAACAUAUAAACUAUAUUUCGUCUCCAAUGUUUAUUGAAAAAUGUAAAAUAAAUGUGCACAAUGAGCACUUGUUGUCUCUCAAAUACAUUGUUACAGUUGUUGGUUAGCUAGCCGGCUAAUUUUUUGCCAUAUUAGCAUAGACCUGACAUCAGUCAAAACAUCUCAAAACAAGACAUGGUAUCAAGAACAAGAUAAAACUAGCUGAAACGAGCCACCUACGAUUCCACACAUGGCAGCUUCUUGCCAAUGUUGCUAGCUAUUUGACCGUCCAGAAUCACAACAACACACAGACUUCUGCCCCAUUGAAGCGUGUGCAUCGUUUUCCUAACCCAUCUAUAGCUGACAAUGAAAUAUAGGGGACAUUUACAUUUACAUUUUAGUCAUUUAGCAGACGCUCUUAUCCAGAGCGACUUACAGUUAGUGAAUACAUAUUGUUUUAUACUGGCCCCCCGUGGGAAUCAAACCCACAACCCUGGCGUUGCAAACGCCAUGCUCUAUCAACUGAGCUACAUCCCUGCCGGCCAUUCCCUCCCCUACCCUGGACGACGCUGGGCCAAUUGUGCGCCGCCCAUGAGUCUCCCGGUCGCCCGGACCAUCCCCAAACCUCAGUGGGGCCAUCUACAGUCACUGUAGAUGACUCUAGUGCCCAAAAGCCCGUUUUAGCAUGGGCAGGCCCAUUGAGGACUUUCACAAUUUUGAAGUAGUCAGCUGGGUGCUAUUUCCUAUGCGUUAAGGAAGGGUCACAUAAUUCCAUGCAGGUCAUCAGGAGGGAUCAGCCAAUUAAUUAUACUUGUGAGCAAACAUUCCAUAACUGUAGGUGGCAGUAAAUCGCCAACCUUGGCUUUAAACCGGUUCAAACAACACACUCCAAGUGGCAGUAUGCACCCUUUCAGUUUGUUUACCAACUUAUAGAAUGGGUCUAGAAAGAGGCCCAAGUUCCCGAAUUGAAAUUCCGAGUGGGAUGACCGUUCAAAACAAUUUUUCCCAGUCGGAACUUGAUUUUUCCGAAUUCCCAGUUGUUAUGAACGCACGGAAGACGGAAAGUUCCCAGUCCUUUUGAACGCGGCAUUAGUUAUAAAAAAUUAUUGGCUACAAUGUUGCGUCCUCUGGCCAUCUUGAGAAAACCUGAACGAUGUUCAAAUCAGUGACGUAUUUCCUUUACCGGCAACAUUUUUUAUAACAACAGAAGCCCUACCCUAUCAUCAUCCCUAGUUCAAAGAUGGCUCUUGCUAGUGUGUUGCAGAGUGAGUCAGUAGAUUUUUCCAACUAUGGUCGCCAGCGUCGUGGCUUCGCCAGUGGUUUGUAUGAAACAGAGUUGGGUUUGGAGUCUGUUGGGGGAGAUAGCCUCUCUUUCGCUGUGAGAACCGCGUGCUCUGACGGAGAUGGACCAGAUAGAAAGAUUGAAUUCCUUCAUGGCACAACCACUUUAGCCUUCAAAGUAAGUAUGCUAGCUAGCUAACUACAUAGCUAACGUUAGUUAGCUAAGAAUCGUUCGCCAACAGUUUGCUCGAUAGCUAGCUAGCUUGUAUCAUCAAGUAAUUAACGGUAACACUAGCUAGCAAACAGCCACAGCGAACGUUAGCUAGUUACAAAAAGUAAUCGUUUUCCAUAUUUCCAUUUUAGUCAUUUAGCAAGACGCUCUUAUCCAGAGCGACUUACAGUUAGUGAGUGCAUACAUUUUCAUACUGGCCCCCCGUGGGAAAUGAACCCACAACCCUGGCGUUGCAAGCGCCAUGCUCUACCAACUGAGCUACUCGGGGCCCUAUAUGAAACGCCAUUGUCACAGGUUGAGAGAAGUUCAUCACGCGUCCACAUACAAUUUCCUUCUAGACCUAGUUAGCUAAGUUAGAUCUUUAGUUGGGCCAUAUAUAUUACUGAAUAUGAAAUAGCUAACUAACAGUACAGCGUUCCAAUACAAAAACAUUAACUUACUGUACCAACGUGAUGUGCAUCCCAUAGUAAUUAUCACCUGUGAUAGCUAACACUUCCAGGUCACCUAUGUACCUACAUCAAGUGACCAAUAACCUCAUGUGAAAGUGCCCCUAGUAACAUCCCUAAACAGACAACAUAAAAAAACAUAUUGAAUGAGCACAUAAACAGACUAAAAUGGCUCCUCAUGGCCAUUUUAGCUAUCUAGAUAGGCUACUUCUUAGUUAAACUUAGUUAGCUAACAUUAAAGGGUUUAUAGUCAUUCUGAAAACACUGUUUUAACAACUAAAUCUGAAAUAAUGAAGUGUCUAGUGUUAUAUAGGACUAGCUACAACCUCCCUCCCCCCUGGCUAAACAUUGUCUUCCAUUGUCUUCUGCCUCCAUGUCCAUUCUCCCUAGUUCCAGCAUGGUGUCAUUGUGGCGGUGGACUCCAGAGCCACAGCCGGCUCCUACAUCGCCUCCCAGACAGUGAAGAAGGUGAUAGAGAUCAACCCCUACCUGCUGGGCACCAUGGCUGGAGGUGCAGCUGACUGCAGUUUCUGGGAGCGCUUGCUGGCCCGCCAGUGCCGCGUCUACGAGCUCCGCAACAAGGAACGCAUCUCAGUGGCAGCCGCCUCCAAACUGCUGGCCAACAUGGUGUACCAGUACAAAGGCAUGGGCCUUAGCAUGGGAACCAUGGUGUGUGGCUGGGACAAGACUGGACCAGGUAUGGAUAUGAUAUGAACUGUGUGCAACAGGCAUCACUGUUCUAGCUUAAUAGCAGUAUAGCAUCCCUCACUAUCCAUGUCCCCUUACUGGGCUCAAACUAGUGAACCUCUGCUUCGCAAACACACAGGACCAACAACUUGCUAGCCAGUUGCGCCACCAAAAAGUAAGCAAUUCGGCAACACGAGUGGAGACAUUUGACGCUGUGGAGUGUGCUUACAGUACGAUCUUAUCUCCGUUACACGUGCGCCAACCGACAUCAUGGUCUAAGCUGGAUAGGGACAGUAUAUAGGCUAACCCAUUCUAUCACACAUAGGAUCAGCCCUGAUAGAUCUAGGGCUAGAUUCAAAAUGGGGUGGAAGAUCCGUGUUAUAGCGCGAUUGAAAUGUAAAGGUAAUUUCCAAUUGAGCCGACAUGUGCAAUUUUUACCAGGAACAUCUCCUUUACAUUUCAAUCGCACUAUAAUACGGAUAUUCCGUGGUCCGGAUUGAGUCUAGACCCUAAUCUCUAUCAGAUCUUGCUGUCUUAGGCUGCAUGAUUGGACAACUAGGGAUCUGAAUUUUGAAUUACACACAUCAUGUGAGCCACAUACAUAUUGCAGUAGCGUAAAUGUCAUAUCUCCCAUGAUUUAUAAAUGUAUGGCACAUCCUUCCCCUUAGGGAGGGAAAGCACCUCCUUGUUUUCACACUGCAUAUUAAAGUGCACUAUAGACUAAAUCCUAAAAAGGGUAACACCGUCCUAUCGCCUCUGACCACAGUACAGCAGCCGUCAUUUAUUUGUAUUACCCCAACGAUUCUACAUGUUCAAUCUCCACCAUUCAUCGACACCCAACAGGUGAUCUACUGCACACGGCUGACGUUUGCUAUGGUGUGUCCCGUCUCUAACUUGUCAUGGCUCUUCAUAACCACUGAUUUAAUAUUAACAUUUCACUUUCUCCCCCUUCCAGGCCUCUACUACGUGGACUCUGAGGGGAACCGUGUGUGUGGGGACCUGUUUGCGGUGGGCUCUGGCUCCAUGUACGCGUAUGGCAUCGUGGACAGCGGUCUGAAGCAGAAGGACCUGACCGUGGAGGAGGCCUGUGAUCUGGGUCGCAGGGCCAUCUACCAGGCCACGUACCGCGAUGCCUACAGUGGAGGACAGGUCAACCUGUACCACGUCCACAGUGAGGGCUGGACCAGAGUGUCCCAGUCAGAUGUCCUAAUGCUGCACCAACAGUACCAGGCAGAGAAGGCAUAGAGAGAUGGUUAAUGUAUGGAGAGAGAAGGGCAGGGGUUAAUAGAAUGUAGGGGAGGGUAGAUGUUAUGUGACAGCCAUGGGGAGACCAUUCAAUCAACAAAAAAAAAGUGUUUACACACAUCCAAGCUUGGCACAGGAUCUGGACUAUUGAAAAUGACCUUUAAAGAUAUUUGUAACCUGGUUGUCACUACAUUUUCCUUGUUCUGCCAGGGAUAAAGGGGUGUGCCUAGUGGCGUUGCUGACUUUGAUUCUUUUCUUUUGACUGCUCUGUGAAAUUUUCAAUAAAUGUUCUCAUUCAUCUUU